CUGGAAGACGGUUCAUAUUACCGAUGCCUGCUUGUAGACGCCAGUUGCGAGUCGACAAUCGCUAACUUGAAGGAAGUAAUCUGCAACUAUGACGUCCACUACGAAGUACAGGGUUUCGCAUUCGGAAAGGCUUGGAAGGUAUCUUGUAGCAGCUAAGAACAUAGCGCCGGGGGAAGUUAUAAUUCGAGAAGAACCGACCGCGGUCGGUCCGAUGAUGUACAAGGAUUGUUUCUGCUUUGCCUGUAUGUGCACACUACCAAGAAUUUUCAAAGAAAGACGAUAUGCUUGUUCAAGAUGUAACUUUGCACCGCUGUGCAGCGUGGCAUGCGAGGCACGAACAAAUCAUCACACGAAUGAGGAAUGCCAGAUAUUCAGAGAUAAUCGAGAUCUAUUGGCGGAAAACAAAAUUGACGCGGCAGGAAUUUUACUGGCUUUGCGGCUAUGGCUGGUAAAACACAAAAAUCCAGCUGUAUGGGAGAAAAUAGAUCGUAUGGAGGCUCAUUUGGAUAAAAGGAUUGGCACGCCCGUUUGGAGGCACAGAGAAGUCAAUGUGGUAGAUAUAAUUCGAAGGUUUCGCGUACCCGCCGAGAUCGAGCCGCCGAGCGCGGAAUUAAUGCAGAAAUUGUGCGGCAUUUUGGAUGUGAACGCCUUCGAAUUGCGAUCACCUGGUGCCGUCGACAGUCUUCUUCUACGUGGUUUAUACAUCGAGGCGACCCUGAUGGCACACGACUGCAGAGGCAACACUCACCUCACCGUGGACGAUAAUUUUCAGCUCACUAUCUACGCGAGCGUAGCGAUCAAACAGGACGAACCUAUCCUAUUUAAUUAUACCUCGUCGCUGCUGGGUGCAGCUGACAGGAAAGAACAUCUUCGAGAGGGAAAGUAUUUCGAAUGCGAAUGCUCUCUAUGUACAGACCCGUACGAAUUGCAGUCGCAUUUAAGUAGCGUGCUAUGUCCGCGUUGUAAAAAAGGAUUCGUAGGGAUACAAGAUACUUCCAUUGUCGAUCCGUACGAGCGAAGUCGAUGGCAAUGUCAGGUGUGCAAGAGGACCUACGGCGGCCGUCUUAUCAGAACUACGUUGAACAUAUGCAGAACGCUUAUCGACGAAUGCGAGGACGUUGACAUAAAAAGGAUAGACAGCUUACUUAAAAGAUUAUCCCAAUCUUUGCAUACCAAUCAUUUUCUAAUGUUGUCCCUGAAGCAGAAAUUGUUAACGGCGUGCAGAAAAGAAAUAACAUCUCCCAAUCCUCAGAAAAAAGUUGUACAAAAAAUGUUGGAUACGUGUAAGGAAGUGUAUAAUGUCUUGGACAUAGUAGAGCCGGGCAUAUCACGUUUAAAAGGCAUAAUGUUGUAUGAGAUGCAUUUACCUGUAAUAAUAUUGGCGAAUCGAUCUUAUUCCGCGCGUGAGAUUUCUUCGACGCAGUUGGCAGGCCAACUAGAAGAAGCCAAGGAUCUUCUAAAGAAAGCACUGACUAUGCUUCUGUUAGAACCGCCGACCACGCCAGAAGGGAAAUUGGCUAAAAGAGCGCUAGAAGAAUUACGGACGCUAAAUCAGAAUAUAAGCGAUGUGAAAUCUUUACCAUCGGAAAAGCCCAAAGUCCAUGCGCGUAGAGCGAGAGAACAUCGUAAAAAAAUCAAAUGAUAUUCUAUACCAUCCUAACAUAUUUAUGAACUUGCAUUAAUAUGAAAACCGGUUCAAUUUUUCUUGUAAAAAGAACAAUAUCUAAAUAACAUAUUAUGUAUUAAAUUAAUGAAAAA